AUGUCUCCCCCUCCCCCUCCUCCACCCCCGCCCCCGCCACCACCGUUAUGCUUACCCUGGAGCUCGAAUAAGCCACGACGACGCCUGUCUUAUUCAGACUCCGAUUACUCUGGCCCUUCGUCGUACGAUUCAAGAGGUCCUCGCGGAUCGAUUGACUCGCGGCUACCCCCAAUCCCAGAAAAAGGUGGUGCGAAGGGAGAGAAGCUUGUGCGCUAUGCGUCAGCCUCGUCACGGUCGUCUGGCUCGACGCUUGCGUCUGUAGACAACCUCACGUUCAAGAGCGAAGACACUGAUGACUGGGCGAGCGCUAAAUUGAAUGCGGAUACUCCGGAAUGGGAGAUGGGCAAGAAAGGACCCAGGAUGGUUCGCACGAACACCAUGGCCGGGACCAAAGUCAAGACACCGCCUGCUGCGCCGCCUGCGUCGAAGGGAGCUUGGGGAUAUGGGUGGGGCAUUGGGAAGAAGAAGGAGCUGGGUGGAGAGAAGGGUGCUACUCGCGGGAUCGAGGACCAGCCGGAGAUGACGGAGAAGCAAACAUCCAAUGGCGGCUCACGAGGCGGUUUCCCGCUCUACGACCCACCUGUUGGCCCAAUCCGAACGAACACGCAGUCAACCAACGCUAGUCGGGCCACAAAAGAGAGUCGAGGCACGAAAGAUAGUCGAGGGACUCAUGAAAGUCGAGGCUCUCGUCGGUCAAAGGAAUCCAAGGGAAGCUAUGACUCAAGAGGGUCAUACGAUUCCAAAACUUCCCCUUCGCCUGGCAGGACAACGCCACAGAGCAGCGGUGUCAGGGCUUCUCUCGGUUCUGGCUCUCGGCGAACCCAAACUCCACAAACCCAACUUGUCCGAAAUGACUCCAACAGCACACUUGUGGGGUCUGCUUACGAGCGCAAGAUCAACGAUGUCGACAUUCCUCUCAAGCGGAUGGAGACUUCAGAGCAGCUCAAUAGCCUUCGCGACCUGAUGGCCAAGGAGAAUCUGGACUUUUAUAUCGUCCCCAGCGAAGAUGCACAUCAAUCAGAAUACGUUGCUGCAAGUGACCGGCGGCGAGAGUACAUUUCUGGCUUCUCUGGCUCCGCAGGCCAGGCAAUCGUUACCCAGGAUGCUGCCUACCUGAUCACCGAUUCGAGAUAUUGGAUACAAGCCAAGACCCAACUCGACUCCAACUGGACCCUGAUCAAAGCUGGUGAUGCGCGCCAACCAAGGGACUGGAUUGAGUUCAUUGUGGUACAUGCCAGAAACGCUCGCAUUGGUGUUGACGCUCGAAUGAUCUCACAUGAAAAGGCGACAUUGCUGAACUCAAAGCUGACAGCUCUUGAUUCGAAGUUGGUUUAUCCGCCACAGAACUUGGUCGAUCUCGCAUGGAAGAACAAGGCGCCGAAAUCGCAAGAGCCUCUGUUCACACAGCCAGUUAACUUUGCUGGAGAGGAAGCCGGCUCUAAACUAGCCAGUCUACGGGAAUGGAUCCGACGACAGCCUGCCUCCGUCCCCGCCUACUCCAAAGCAGAGCCCACGGAUUCGCAAAGACAUGUCGCGACGUUGAUCACGUCUCUUCCCGCCAUCGCCUACCUGCUUAACCUCCGGGGCUCCGACAUUCCGUUCAACCCAUUGUUCCAAGGUUAUCUGUUCGUCUCGUUGGAGGAAGCAUUCCUAUUUGUGGAUGCCGUCAAGGUUAACACUGAAGUUGGCGAAUAUCUUACUUCGUUAGGCGUCGAGCGAAGGGAUUAUGUCGACCUGUGGCAAUAUCUGCGUCGCAGAGAAUGGGGAACUGGCAAGGUCCUCAUCACACCUCAAACUUCCUUCGCCAUUUCCCUCAUGCUUACUCAUUUCCGAUACACUGUGGCUCCGUCAUAUGUGGACGAGAUGAUGUCGGUGAAAAAUGAAACGGAGAUAAGAGGGCUCAAGGAAGCUUAUCUUCGCGAUGGCGCAUCUUAUGUGCGGUUCCUGGCUUGGCUGGAGGCCAAGCUCAAGGAGGGCUACGACAUCACCGAGUACGAAGCCGCCCAGAGAUUAACCGAAUUCCGUCGCAAAACUCGCCAUUUCAUGGGUCUUGCCUACGAGAAUAUCAGUGCUAGUGGACCGAAUGCUGCUUUGCCUCAUUACUCUCCACGACGUGGGACUGCGAUGAUGAUAGACAGGGAAUUGCCUUAUGUCAAUGAUUCAGGAGGUCAGUACCGCGAUGGUACUUGUGAUACGACACGGACGGUCCAUUUUGGCCACCCGUCGCCAGAAGUCUGUGACGCAUAUACACGAGUGCUGCAGGGUCAUAUCGCGAUCGAUAGCGCGGUAUUCCCGGAGGGUACCUCUGGCCGGCAACUGGAUGUUCUAGCACGCAAGGCCCUUUGGCGGGAAGGCUUCAACUAUGGCCAUGGUACCGGACAUGGCUUUGGGUCAUUCUUGACCGUCCAUGAAGGAACACACGGGUUUUCGAGUGAUGUCCCUUUGAUUCCGGGGAUGGUCACGACAAAUGAGCCUGGCUUCUACCGAGAGGGACAUUGGGGCAUCCGUAUAGAAUCGGCGUUGGUCGUCCGUCGUGUCAAGACUCGUGGUCAAACCAAUGGAGCAGUGUGGCUCGGUUUCGAGCGACUGACGGUCGUGCCGAUCCAAACUAAGAUGAUUGUUGAGAGCAUGUUAACGAAGGAGGAGAAGGCGUGGCUCAAGGACCACAACCAACGAUGCUUCCAACUGCUUUCACCAUAUCUCAAAGACGACAAACGGGCGAUGAAGUACCUCACACGCGAGGUUAACCGUGGCAUCGGCGUCGUCACCGGCCCUGGCGGCAUGUCCAUCGAGUGGGAUUAG